CUAAGUCUUUUCACUAGCCUGCUUUCUGCAACGAAUCGACCACCUCGUUCUGGUACCAUGAGACUAGCCUCAGAAAGCCUAAUCGAUCGGCCGCCGAGGCUGGCCUCAACAGCAAGUCACAGCAGUGGCACGCUCGCCCAGCCUUCCUCUGUUUCGCAUAGGCCACAUUCAUAUCUCCGCGCCUUACGACAUCCUGGUCUUGCCUUUUUACAGCGGUCGACCUCCACUGCAACAACAACGACAGUGGUGGCUAAAGCCCCUACAAAAUCAGGUUUAAUUGGCAAAAGUCUUUGUUCUGCCGUGGAUGGUCUAAAUUGCCUGGAGACAACAGAGUGUAAGGGCUUCGGACGUCGCAUAUUCUCUGGAUUCUCGGGAAGUGGCCGUGAUGACAGCAUCAGCAUAACAGAGCGAUCAAUGUUCCCAGCAGCAUUUGUUUUUGAUAAAGUUGCAGACAGUUGCGACGAUCUCUUGACUUCCCGCAUUGCCAUUGGGGAAGACAGAGGUCACGUGCUCAACCCCUCUGUUAUCUCUAUCAUAUUAAACCUUUAA